AGGGGAGGUCAGCUCUUUCCAAAUUUACCUCGCAGGUCCGGUCCUCCAGCAUUCGCCGCAGGUUAGCAGUAGGGGAAGGGGAAGACAUCCCAGGUUCUUGUGCGAUUAUCGAGAGGAGGAGCUUGCGAUUGCGAGCGAACCGAGAGACAAUCUUCCUCACGAGAUCUCCGAUUGGAUAAGUGAUUUUUCUGUAUCACCAAAGACCAAGAGCAGUAGUAGGGUUUAACAAGCAAAGGGGGAAAAAUGGCAAUUGGACAGGGCGACGCGAGGAAGGGGUGCCUUGCUACGAGCUUGAGCUUCUCGAACUGCAGGAGCAGCACAAGGAUCCUCGGGAGGAAGCGGGUCGCCGUCUCGCCGGCUCCGGGCCCCAGGAGCCCGCACUCGCCCGUCCGCACCCUGCGCAAGCAGCGCAGCGUCCGGUUCCACAUGGACGACGCCGUCAGCCUCCUCGAAUCGCUGCCUCAAGACGUCCUGAUUAAAGUCCUGUGCAAGGUGAACCACAGUGAUCUGAGGCAGCUCCUCCUCGUGUCCAAACCAGUCAGCGAAGCAACAACUGUUGCUAGGGAGCUGCAUUUCAAGUUCGCGACGCCGUCGUCUAAGGCCGUUUUUAGAGGCGACGAGGACGGCGACGAUGAGGACGGCCCCGGGGCGCCCAGGCAACGCAGGGUUGCGAGGUCGCGCCUCCGGGGCAAGAACCUGGAGAGCAUCGCCGUCAACCUGUCGGCGUCGUUCGAAAGCUUGCUCUCCGAGGUCUAGAUGUAAAUACGAUGACAUCGUCACAGGCUUUCAGUUCCCGCUUCUGCUCGCCAGUGUAUCUAGUAGUGUCAGGUUGCAAAGUUUAGUGCUUUUUGUAGCCCACGUCAUAGAGAAACUUUUUAGGUAGCAGUAGUAUUAUAGCAUACUCAUAUGUGUAAGUUAGCUUAUAUAGAGCGAGUUAUAUAUGGUGGUGGUUCUUCAAUGCUGUGAUUGAAGAACACACGCGACGUUUUUAUCCCCUUUCCUUUUUGUGUACGUACUUUGUAAGUUAUAUAUGCGAGGGCGUCGAGCGUGCGAUCUCUCUUC